CAUCGCUGUUGAAGCUUGAAAGUGAACUCAGAGUUCAUAGCAUUGGGACGGAAGUCUCCGGUGCUUAGCGCUUGCAUUUUCAGUCGAGAAGGAACUAUCAGAAAGUUCACAAGGAGGAAAAAGAACAAACAACUACGAUUACACGCCGGAGCGGGAGAAAACACGGGAGGAUGACACUGGGUCUGAUCAAUGCGAAUCCAAUUGUCCACGCCAAGAAGGAGAGGAUCGCUCGAACCGAAGAUCUCCACGGGGAUGAUGCUGUUGAUCCCCUCGAUAUCUAUGAUUUCGUGAGGGAUAUCAGAGACCCAGAGCAUCCUUAUUCGCUCGAACAGCUCAGCGUUCUCUCUGAGGAAUCCAUUACUGUAGAUGAGAAGCUCGGACGAAUUCUGAUAACCUUCACUCCGACCAUCCAGCAUUGUAGUAUGGCAACAAUCAUUGGUUUAUGCCUUAGAGUUAAACUGAUGAACUAUUUUCCUUCACAUUUCAAGGUUGAUAUUAAAGUAGCACCAGGAUCUCAUGCAAAUGAAGAAUCAGUUAACAAGCAGUUGAACGACAAGGAAAGAGUUGCUGCAGCUCUGGAGAAUCCCAACCUUCGCCAACUUGUGGAUGAGUGCAUCUACUCUAACGAACUUUAACUAAGCUUCUUGUAGGUGCAACCUGUUGUACAGUAAAUGCUUUAUUGUUAUGGAUAUAUGCAACCAUGCAUGACUUUUGGGUUUGUAUAAAAUAAUAGGAUCCUUGGAAGCCCUCUUCUUUCUACUGAUCCUCUUAUUUGUUAGCUUACAUGGAUGCACCUCUGAGUGUUCUCCUACAAGCUGCAACAAGCAUGGGCACCCCAUCAGCUCAUUGAUUCAGAUCGUUCAAUUGGUGCACCAUCUUUCGACUUGAGUGUGCAAGCAGCCCAAGAACAAUUUAAUAAUGAUGACGGUCCAAGGAAAAAGGAAAGUGGGGACUGGGGAGGGGUUGAUAAAAAUAGAAGAAAAUGAAAUUUCCUAAUUCAGGCUGCAUUGUUAUGAAUCAGCAGACUGCAUCAUGUACUCCUAUAUAACAAGCAUAUUUUAGCAGUUCUAUUCUCGGCGUCCCUGCUGAGGUAUUUCCAUCCA